UAUUUACAACAACAGACAAACGAUCAAAUCUCCAAAACGCAUAAACCCUUAAUAUCGUGCCUUCCUUCUCGUCUUUCUUUCAUAUUUUUUUGCUGUAUCUUUGUUUGUUUCUGCUUCGAGGAAGAAAGACUUCUUUAUUCUGUUUUGUUUUUACGGUUUGGGUGGCGAAAGGCAGAAGAAGUAAAUCAUGUCGAUUGCAUCGGAAAGGAUUGAAGCGUCAGGGUUUGGGUGCGUGAUGGAGUGCGCUUGUGAUACUUCCAGGUUUGAAUCCUCGCCGAUGAAGGAACGGAAAGAGGUGGUGCUGCUGCUGGUGGAGGAGGAGGAGGAAGACGAUUGGAGGAGCUCAUCGUCUACCACGACGUCGUCUUCGAUCGGGAGGAAUAGUGAUGACGUGUCUGGAAGAUCCUCGGACGUUAGAGAUUUCGAGGAAAAUGAGGUUCAAAGCGCCUAUAAAGGUGGUUUAGACAUGAUGGAUUCGCUCCAACAGUUUUUGCCUAUGAGGAGAGGCAUCUCAAGCUUCUACAAUGGCAAAUCAAAGUCUUUCACAAGUUUGGCUGAUGCUUCCUCAGCUUCAUCGAUUAGAGAAAUAGCAAAACCUGAAAACGCCUAUACUAGGAGAAGAAGAAACCUAUUGGCAAUCAACCAUGUAUGGGACAAAAACAGGAAUAAAAGACCCAUUAAACCGAUUAGCUCAAGCAAAAGCACCUUGGCUCUUGCUGUUACCAUGGGUAGCUCUGAAAGUAUCUCUAGCACAAGUGACGACUCUACCUCAGCUUCAAGCCCUCGGCUUCCUCCAUUGCACCCACAAACCAGAACAUCUUUCAAUAACAAUAAUAAUAAUAAUAAUAAUACCCCAUCGUCGCCGCCUUCAAGUAGCCGGAGUUUCUCUGAUUGGCGGUCCUUCUCGUUGGCUGAUGUACGGGGAUAUACUACUGUUAUGGAAACCACAAAUCCACAUUGCUCUUUAAUUAAUGAUAGAACUAACUAUAAGAAAGGGAUUUGAAAGAGAUUUACGCUGGGAUAUGCAUGUUUUAUGCCUCGUUUCUUGUCCAAAGGAAGAUGUUGCCUCCAGUUUUUGACAAUUUGUAGUUUUUCUUUACCUGAUGCAGGUGUAUGAUCACGCUGCUAAGUGCUAAUUGCAUUUUAACAAUUCCUGUAAGUGACUUGUCGAUAACAAACAAGUUUCAUGCUUCUGUUUACUUGUUUUGAUGCUGAAGAGAAUCGGAGCUGAUUGAAAGUAAAUGGAGAGCGUCUGAAAUUGAUUUCAAAUAGUUUCUUUUAUCACAUUUGUUCCAUGGCAGAAAAUGAUGGCUUCAUUUGUAGGAGAAUAAUGUGAAAGAAUGGGCGAAACCAUCUAAAUCAAUCAUGCAUCAAUCGAAAUAGAUGACUCUAAAACAGGAAGCCUCCUUCUGAAUGAAGAAAAUUCAUGCCUAUUCCUAAGCAAUGUUGUACCCACCUAGUCCUACGGCUACCCAAUGUGGUCAUGAGAGCAGCUGAUGGACUGAAUUUGACAAAUUUUAGAAUCUUUGCUUCUCAAAUCUAAUCUUUGAGUACCAACCUGUGCCCUCAAAGAGUAGUCGGACACCUUGUCAAACCUAUGUAUUAACGUUCACACGAGCUAGAAUGUAAGUUCAAAUAGCUGCCCGGCCCUUAAAAUAAUACAGUAGAAUAACUUAAUUUUGGCACCGGAGGGUCUAUUGCUGGAAUUGCAAUAUCUAUAUUGAAAAUUUUACCACAUACAUUGGAUGACCUUAUCAAUAUUCAGUUGCUAUCCCAUUGACUACUAGGUGACCGUUGGGGAAGCCGUCCAGGGGAUCUUGAUUUUCCAGAAAGUACUUGGGCAUUUAUCCAGCAAUUAGAAUUUUACAUGCAACUGAAACUCUGAUGCUUUCUCACAA